UUCUCUUUUUGACGAACUCCUGCUCUGCUUGACGAACCAGAGUCUGAAUAGAGACGUCGGAUUCUUGCUAGCGUCGGCGCUUUCCGUUAACGCCGCGCCGUCCCGGUAAGUCUCUGUCCCAAUUCGCCGUCUUCGCAUUCGGAGGUUCAUUUACCAGUUCUCGCCAUGUAAAGAUUGUCGAUGGGUGUGUCUUGGGAGCGUCAUUCGUUGCUUGUUGUUGUUUACCUAUUUGCUUGCUUGAUGGGAGAAAUCUGUAGUUGGGUGGUUUCGGAGAACAAAUUAAAUGAGCGGGGUGAGUUUCGUUUUGCUCUUGAUAGGUUUAUCGCCACCCAAGAACGAGCGGUUCUGCAUGCUAUCAGACACCUGCGUCGGUGGUUUGUGACCCAGCUUCGUCUGUUUUUUGAAGGCAUUAACAGUUAGGCUAGUACUCAUAGGUGUGACUUAGGUUGGAUGUCCCUUAGGAAAAUGGGUAAGAAGAUUUCAUCAUCAUUUGAUGUGGGAAAUCCCUGACUCUCCCAUGGUAAAAUUUGGGCGGAGAGUUUUUUUUUGUCCAGAGUUUGAAGAAAGGCCAUGCGGAUGACUUGUGUGGUUCUAUGGAGGUUGUGUUUAAUGAAUGGAUAGGUGAGUGAAGAAACUAUGCAAAAGUGGCUGAAGUCUUAGGUUUUUCGGUUUUCUGAAUUGUCAUCUGUAAUUGGGUCCUAAUCGAUGGUAUCAAAAGGAGCGGUAAGUCAGAGAAAGAUGUAUCGUGUGAACUAGAAUAAGCCUCUGAAGUCAGACGAAAGAGUUCGAGUUUUCUGGAUUGGAACUAAAACUACCGAAUUUGUCGUGGGUCACUCUAGGAAACUAGUUUACACUUCAACUGGAAAGCAUCAGCCUUCAUAGCUUAUUGAUUUGGAAGUCUCAGUCAAAUUCCACAACAUGGGGAAAUCUGCUGGUGAUGAAAAGAUUCUCAGCUACAAAGACGUCGUGCUCAGACGGUCGGAUCUGGACAUACUUAGCGGUCCAUACUUUCUCAAUGACCGUGUCAUUGAGUUCUAUUUCAGCUAUCUUUCUUCAUGUUAUCCUUCUCCAGAUAUUUUACUGGUUCCACCUUCAAUUGCAUUUUGGAUAGCAAACUGUCCUGAUGUCGAUGGACUAAAAGAUUUCGUAGAGCCUCUAGAUUUGCCUGGUAAGAAACUUGUAAUUUUCCCAGUCAACGACAAUGAAAAUGUGGGCCUAGCAGAGGGUGGUUCUCAUUGGAGCUUGCUGGUGUUUGAGAGAGAAGCCGGUGUGUUUGUGCAUCAUGACAGCUCAGGAGGGAUGAAUAGUCAAUACGCCAAGCGACUCUAUGAAGUCCUGGUUAGAUUUGUAAAUGGCUCAAAUUCAGCAUCUGAUGCCAAAUUCAUUCAAUGCAGUAGCUCACCGCAGCAGCUAAAUGGCUAUGAUUGUGGCUUAUUUGUGAUAGCUAGUGCAAGAGUGAUAUGUCGCUGGUAUGAAACUGCUAAAUUGGGCAACAAGAACGAUCUUUGGUUUUCUUCUGUUGAGCAGCAGGUUACUCCUCUUGCUGUUACUGAAUUAAGAACAGAGAUUCUUCAGCUGAUAAAAGAUCUGAUGGCCGCUGGUGCUAAAUAAUGAUGCUGAUCGGGGGGACAAGAGAGAGAGAGAGAGAGAGAGAGAGAGAGAGAGAGAGAGGGGCUGCAGAAAGAACGGAAUACCAGAGUGACGGGGCUUUCCUAGAAAGACAUUCGGGCAUCUCGUUGGCUUAGGAAGAAUGGAGAAAAUUUCUCCAGAGAUGGGUUCUUGCAAAGGAUCCGAGAGAUGUUUUCUGUGUUUUUGAAAUCCAAAGGAUGUUCAGAUCUACUUGGACAUUCAUGACAUUCUGGCUGUGUCCCUAUCACUCUUCUCAAUGACUAGCAAAUGUGGGUUUCUAGUGCGACUUUAAUGUGUACCAAACUUCAACUUUUCAUACAUGUACCUUUAAGUUUCCAUGUGAACUUGAACCUUUGCUCUUUUGGGCGAAAAAGAUCGUCUUUCUUUUCUUGGGGCAUGCUUCUGAUUGGGGACAAUCUAUUAGCCUGUAACUUAGAUCGGCUUUAGCAAGUCGAAAUCGUUGCUGUGGUCGUAAAGUUCAUGAUUUGUUGAUUCCAGGGAAGGUUUGAUGGGAUGUUUAUAACUUCGCAAUGAAGUUAGUCUCCAAAAACCAAAAGCUAUAAACUUAUAAAAGUAACUCCCACUAAUUCCAGUGCGUAUUAGUUGGUUGAAUCCUACCUCAGCGUUAGAAUAUUUCCUGUCAACUUCCCAGCCAGAAAUUCUCUGGAGAUGCCGUUGGGAUGGGAGCCAGCAAGUGCAAAGAAUAAAUAAUCUUAAUCUUAUAGAUCUUUCGAAGUCAGACAACCACAAAAGACCAAUUAACAUUUGUAUCCUAAAUAUAAUAACCUAUUAGAACGUC